CCAGUCGAACGCGUCCAUCUCGAGGAAUGACAACAAAAGCCGAGCAAGUUUCCAUGUUCUUCCUCAUGACACCUUAAAACCACCUAAUUUCCCCACAAUGAAGCUGGUAGAUCACGUCGUUAGGUCGUUCAGAGUGGCAAAGCUAUUCCGCGACAACACAGAGAGGAUAAAUAACAUAGAUUUCUCGCCAAGUGGAGAUUUGCUCAUAACUUCGAGUGAUGAUGACCAAAUCGUGAUUUAUGACUGUGAAAAGGGCACAAAUAAACGGACACUCAACAGCAAGAAAUAUGGAGUCGACCUCAUUCACUUUACCCACGCAAAAAAUUCUGCGAUCUACAGUUCCACUAAGAUCGACGACACCAUCAGAUAUUUAUCUUUACACGACAACAAGUAUAUCAGAUACUUCCCAGGUCAUACGAAAAAGGUGAUAACGUUGAGCAUGAGCCCAAUUGACGACACUUUCAUCUCGGGCUCCCUGGACAAGACCCUAAGACUAUGGGACCUGCGUUCUCCCAACUGCCAGGGUAUGAUGCACGUGGGGGGUCGGCCGGUCGCGGCUUUUGAUCCAGAGGGCCUCAUCUUCGCCGCAGGAAUCAACUCUGAAAUGAUCAAGCUUUACGACUUGAGAUCAUUCGAUAAGGGUCCAUUUAGUACGUUCCAAUUAUCCAUGGAGAAGGAGUGUGACUGGACUGGGAUCAAAUUCAGUCCUGAUGGGAAGACGAUUCUCACAUCUACAAAUGGAUCAGUUAUCAGACUUGUAGAUGCUUUCCAGGGAACGGCGCUCAAAACCUUUGCCGGACAUCUGAACAACAAAGGCAUUCCCUUAGAGGCGUCCUUUAGUCCCGACUCGCAGUUUAUUUUCAGUGGGUCGACUGACGGUAGAGUCCAUGUGUGGAAUGCGGAAACAGGCUACAAGGUUUGUGUGCUGAAUGCUGACCAUACUGGGCCUGUUCAGUGUGUCCAGUUCAACCCUAAAUACAUGAUGUUGGCCUCAGGAUGCACAAACAUGGCCUUCUGGUUACCAUCCCUAGACGACAUGUGAAGAGACAAGCACGCAUGCUAGGAAAGACCCGUGAGAUGAAGUGAAAGAGGAAACAUGAGUUCAGCAGUUCAUCAUUGUUCUUUUGAUGUAUAGCUUUCAAGUCAGAUGAACCAAAGAUUGAAAAGGAAGACAGAAGAAAGAAAGAAAGAAAAAGAAGAGAGAAAAAAUAUGUUCACCUUGUCAGCUCUUAAGAAAACAAUGUAAAAGAAAAAAAUAAGAGAAAGAGGAAGUCUGUGUUAAAGAUCUGAGACACUGUAUUUUGGGUCCAAUUCUUAGAGCUGUAUGUAACUAAGGCUUUGAAAAGAAAGCCAUAAUUCUAUUAUUGUUUUUUAUUAUUUUUUCCUUUUUUAUUAAUGCUGUCUAAGUGAGAGGAAAUGUUCAACUGAGUUGGAUCUUAAAAGAAAUACCGUUCUCAAAUGUAGACUAUUUUGAGAACUUAACCAGAAAAUGCAGAUUUUUUGUGUGUGUGAUCCCUAUUACAUGUCAGCCUUGCUUGAGCAUACCUCAGUAUGAUAUGUAUUGACAAAUUUACACAGUAGUUUUUCUUUGUGAUGAUAGUGGUUUUAUGAUGGCGAAUAGACGACACCAUUGGAUGUGGUUAUUUGUAAUGAUGUUUUACUGAAACAAUAAAAAGAGAGACAGCGAAUUGAUGAAAGGAAGUGGAAGUUAUACACUGAUUUAAAAUUAUGAGUUCAGGUGUUAUCAAAGUUAUUUGUAUUAUGUAAAGGAGUCAUUAAGAAAAUGUAGCAUGAUAAAGGCUAGCUUCUUACUGUUAACAUUAUAAUUAACUUUGAUGAAAUUCCUGUAACACUAACUGAAACUCUACCUUUUUUUUCUUUUCUUUUCUUUUUAUCUGAAACUAAACAAUUUGUUAAAAUUGAUUUUAGUAAAAGACCUCAAGAAAUCAUUUUAGUUCUUAAUUGGUGUCUCACAUGUGAUUUUCUCCAGGCAGAGGUAUUUUCAGCAGUCAUAUUUGUUUUGCACAGUUUGUACAGUUUUAAUAUAUGCUCACAAUGUGAAUUCUUGUUUUAUAUGGAGAGAAUUUUUAAACCAAUGAUUAUGUAAGAGCAGUCUACUAUUGAAUGAUGAUUAUAGGUAUUAAUUUCAGAUUUAAUGCAUGACCUUUUUCAUGUAUAAUCAAAUGUGAAUUUAGUCAUGUAGAAAAUGUCACCUCUUGCUUUUAUUUUUUCAUUUUUCUGUUUUCUUUAUCAGUCAGCAUAGAUUUAAAUUCAGGACAAGAAACAGAGGUAGAUAUAGCAGGUGGCUGCUGAAAAUAUCGCUGUGGAAUCUAGUAAAGAAACUGUGUUCAGUUUUGUAUGCCAGUGGGUAUCUGCUAAAUCUUAAAAAAGGAUACAGUACACUUUUUGUUUUUCUCUCACAUGCCCAUGCUCAUGCACACACAAAUGCACACUCCACAUGUACCUAUGUACAUCUACACACACUUCCUUAGCAUCCACAGGCACAUACAUAAUCACUUACACACAUGCAACAACAAACAGGAAAAUGCCCAGAGAUCCAUUUACAUACAUGCAUUCCCAUUUCCACACCAACACACACCCACACCCAUGCUCCCUCUCUUUUCCUCGCUCCUAACCAAGCACAAGCAUACCCACAUCCACCAGCUCACUCUCAUUCUUAAUGUUCAUACUCAUACACUUGCACUCACUCUGACACAAACAUUUCUACAUAUUUGUUGUCUUUACCUAUGACUCUCUCCUCUGCAUGUUGAGGUCCUAACAGAAGUAUUCCCCCCAACGAUCAGUCAUUAUUUUGGUGCAAAGUGUAUUAUAGAAAAGUUUAGUCAUACAAGAACUUGCCCUCUGUACCUUGGAAUUUUUUUUUUUUUUUAUGCUCUGAAUUGGAAUAAAUGUGUGAAGGUUUGAUACCCUUCUGUUAUUUUUAUGUAGACAGUGUGCGUCUCAAUGAAAACAUUUCCCCUUUUGGAUCAUGUUGAUGUUUAUAGGUAAUGAUGCAACUUCAGCAAGCAUUCCAGGUACAUUGUGGAGGGCUGUCUUUUCUUUUUUUAAGUGAUUUCCUCAUUUUCUUUUUUAUUUAGAAAGUUGCUCCUUUAAGGUGUGUUCAUUUUUGGAACAUGGAAGCGGGAGAAACUUUUAUAUUUAAGCAGUGAUGUGUAACAAAGGAGUAGCUUUACUUUUCUGUAGUGAUUAUGUUUGGUGUUCCAGUCACUAACAUUUCUUUGAAUAUCUUUAUGAUUCUCAACACUUUUUUUUUUUUUUUUUCUUUGUAAAAUAUCUUUGGAAGAUUAAAAAAACAAAAACAAAAAAAAUACAGAAAAAAAUGUAGAGAAAUGAAUGAGCAUUGGAGGAAAAUCAUUACUUUACAUAAAGAAUGUUGUGCUUCAAAAUUGUGCAAACUGAGAAUGUGUACCCACCGAUUUCUAAUGUGAUACUAAAAGCAAAUUUACCUAGAAAAUUAUUGAGAAGAAAAAAUUAACUCUCCAAAUGCUCCUGUUUAGUUACCUUGCACUUUGUCAUUAGGACUUAAAUAGUCAGUAGAAUAUGAACUUUUUUUUUUGUCAUUACUUUUUUAUUUUUUUUAUUCUUUUUAUAUUUUUGAUUAUUGUUUUAUUUUAUUUUAUAUUUUUACAUAGAAGAAAAAGAAACUUUUGUAGAUUUAAAUCAGACAUCUCUAUCUCAGCAAUAGCUAGAAUAAGAUUUAGAGGACAAAUUGAAUACAUAAUCUCAGGUCUCGCUGGUGUUGUACGAUGCAGUUUUUAAAUGUUUUAUUUUGACCGAUGAACCUUACACAGAGUAGAAUGCUCUGGUAUUACUACUUCAGAAAAGUGAAUUCUCUUCCUCAGACAGUAGUUAUCAUAACCCGGUUAAGCUCCUGUUAUAUUUAUGCUUUCAUAAUACAAUGGAUUGUAUGUCAGUAAUUUGAAGUUUUAUGUCUACCUAAAUGAAAUAAUUUGGAGAAGGGUGUGAAAAAUGGUGAAGCCUGUACUGCAUUACAAAGUUAUUGGUGGAAAAUUUUUAAAGUUCACCGUUUCCUCUCACUGAUUCGCACAUAAAAAAAACAACAACAAAGUUAUAGCAUUCUGUGGGAAGAAAUGAAUUGUGAAUGAGUCAGAUUGAAUAACAGUUAGUAUAUUUAAUGGAAGAAUUUUGGAGGAAAUACAAAGCCAAAAUACAUGGUUUCGUUAUCUCCAAACGACGGUUAUCAGGAGGAGGAGAGUCUUUGAAAAUGGAUGCCUACAAACUCAUUUAUAAAUACAGUUACAAGUAUGCCAUUUUUCAGGCAGUGUCAACUGGAAGACAGACCACAGUUAUGUCUCAUCAUAUUUCUUUGGACGAGUUACAGAAAAGGUUGGAAAAUUGGUUUAUUUUAGAAAAUGAAUGUGUAGUAAAAAGAGAUGCUAAAGGAACAUAUAAGUUGAUCUCAUGUAUGUAGAUUUAUUUUAAGUGUCGGUGAUAGUUCUGCAACGCCUUUACUUGACCUUUUCUUUAGUUGCCAUUUGUGAAUGAAGAAAUUAAAGGUUGGGAAUGUGGUUCCUGAAUUUCUCCUAAUUUUUUUUUAGGACUUUUUCUUUUUUUUUUAUCCGACCAGAAAACACAAAAGGAGCUUUGGAGUUGGAACCCAUAUUUAUAGACAUUGUAAGAUAUUUCCAGAUCCUGUAGAUAUUAGUGUUAACUCAUGCUGUUUUGAGUAAUCUUUUUUUUUUUUUUUUUUUUUUU